CAUUCGUAAAAAAGGGCUUCCGAAGCCAUUUUCGCAACAGAGAUUGGGUUCCGGAACCGGAACCCUAAAUCCCUAAAUUUUCUCCCAAAAAAUCCCCCAAAUCCAACGAUUUUUGGCAGAUUUGUUGCCGAAAUCUCCCUUUUGUAGGAAAUCUACGAUUUAUUCGACAAAAAAACAGAAGGAAUUUGAAGUUUUUUCACAUUUACGGCUCUCGAUCGUGUGGCCCACCAAAUUCAGCUUCCGAUCACGCAAUCUUCUUCCACAGCUCAAUAUGGCAACUCUUAGAAACCUCAAAAUCAAAACCGGUACAUGCAAACGCAUCCUUAAAGAGCUUCAUUCUUAUGAGAAAGAGGUUGAGAAAGAAACUGCAAAAACUGCAGACAUGAAAGAGAAAGGAGCUGAUCCUUACGAUCUUAAGCAACAGGAGAAUGUGUUGGCCGAGUCGAGAAUGAUGGUUCCCGACUGCCACACACGCCUGGAGGCUUCCCUUGCUGACCUAAAAGGAAUAUUGGAAGAGUUGAAGGAGUUGAAUCAGCGAGGUCCUGAGAUUAAGGAAGCUCAAAGCAUUAUUGCAGAGGUUGAAGCAUUGUUUCAAAGCACUGAAGGUUAGCAGUUCAAUCAACUGUUUUAGUUGGUGGCUUGAUCGCCGUUGCUUUGGUUUUUGUAUCUUGUUCUAGUCUUUUUUCAGAGGCUAGCAUGCACCACUUCACUCUGCAGAUGGAUUUGUAGCCAUGCAGUUUUGAUUUUUGGCUUCUGUUUGUUUCUAAGUAAACGGCUACCUUAUACUAUAAUUGAUGACGGUGCUUGCCAUCUUCGCAGGGGUUUACUCUCCUCAUGUCUUUCAUUUGUUAAUGUUACAAUCUAAGGGCUUAGUUUGGAUCCUUGAUAAA